AUGCUGCUGCCAUACACCUCCACCGCUUACUCCAUGCCGAGUCUUUCCCCAAACACCACGGCCCCAGCUGGGUCGCCGCAGCCCCCAGUCGGAGUCGGCGAGAUACUCACAUUGGUGUUUGGCCUAGUCGCCUCCUUCACGGCCUUUAUCGCCCUCAUGCCAGUCGUGCAAACCUUUCGGCGUAAAUGGAGGCACCGUCCCGCUAGAGGCCGACAGAGCUACCCCGACAACGACCACGAGAUGCCUGUGGCGGCGCAUCUGCAGAGGCCACGCUCAAACUCGGCGCCUCCCGUGAUCCACUCGGACAGAGGCUCCACAAUGACCGUCGGCGCUCGGACGGCGAUGGCGGCGCAUCGGACACCGGAUAUCCACAUUGUCAAUGCCGAGACCGUUUAG